CUAAAGAGUUGAAUCCUCCAUACUUCAAGUAAUGAACAUGGACCCUCAGACACAAAACAGAGAGCAGAGUCUCCAGUCCCCAGCUGUCUGUCUCUGAAGAGUGACUGGUCUAAAGAUAUACCUCUAAACUUCAGUAAUGAACCUGGACCCUCAGACACAAAACAGAGAGCAGAGUCUCCAGUCCCCAGCUGUCUGUCUCUGAAGAGUGACCGGUCUAUGUGGGAGCCUAUACACUUCAGUAAUGAACCUGGACCCUCAGACACAAAUGUUACUGGUGUAUCUCUCAGACUGGAGAAGAUGAGUGGUUUAAAAGAUGAGGAAGAGGACACAUCUUCAGUCUCCAGCUGUCUGUCUCUGAAGAGUGACUGGUCUAAAGACAGACCUCUAAACUUCAGUAAUGAACCUGGACCCUCAGACACAAAACAGAGAGCAGAGUCUCCAGUCCCCAGCUGUCUGUCUCUGAAGAGUGACUGGUCUAAUCAUCCACCGCUAAACUUCAGUAAUGAACCUGGACCCUCAGACACAAAACAGAGAGCAGAGUCUCCAGUCCCCAGCUGUCUGUCUCUGAAGAGUGACUGGUCUAAUCAUCCACCUCUAAACUUCAGUAAUGAACCUGGACCCUCAGACAUAAAACAGAGAGCAGAGUCUCCAGUCCCCAGCUGUCUGUCUCUGAAGAGUGACUGGUCUAAUCAUCCACCUCUAAACUUCAGUAAUGAACCUGGACCCUCAGACAUAAAACAGAGAGCAGAGUUUCCAGUCCCCAGCUGUCUGUCUCUGAAGAGUGACCUGUCUAAAGAGGAAAAUCCAUACUUCAGUAAUGAACCUGGACCCUCAGACACAAAAGGGAAGAGGAAGAGUGGUGUUCCUGUGGAGGAGCAGCUGUCCAGCUGUGCUCUGUGUCAGGACGUCCUGAAGGAUCCAAUCUCUACCAGCUGUGGACACUGGUUCUGCAGACAGUGCAUCACCUCAUACUGGGAGCAGAGACCUCCAUCAGGAGACCCCUCCUGUCCCCAGUGUGGAGAAAGACCCAGAACCAGAGCUGGACUGCAGACAGCCAGCCAGACCAGAACUGUACGAGCAGAACGUGGUCUGCAGGAGGUUCUAGAUGAACAUAGGCUCAGUCUGAGGAGGAGAUGUGAACGUGUGACUGAAGGAACUGGUCAAAGUGAAACCCUCCUCAACAGCAUCUUCACUGAGCUCUACAUCACACAAGGCCAGAGUGAAGAGGUUAAUACCCAACAUGAGGUGAGGCAGCUGGAGACAGCUUCCAAGAAGAAGCCCCUCCAGGACACUCCAAUCAAGUGCCAGGACAUCUUUAAAGCCUUACCGGACCAACAGACUCCCAUCAGAGCGGUCCUGACCAACGGAGUCGCUGGAGUUGGAAAAACCUUCUCAGUGCAGAAGUUCACUCUGGACUGGGCUGAGGGUUUGGGAAACCAAGAUGUCAGUCUGGUGAUCCCGCUCUCCUUCAGGGAGCUGAACCUGGUCAAAGGAGAGCAGUACAGUCUUCUCAGGCUGCUCCAUGUUUUCCAUCCAACCUUACAGGAGGUCACAGCAGAGCAGCUGGCUGUCUGUAAAGUGCUGCUCAUCUUUGACGGCCUGGAUGAAAGCAGACUUUCUCUGGACUUCAGAAACAGUGAGGUUGUGUCUGAUGUCUCUCAGCAGUCCUCAGUCAACGUGCUGCUGACAAACCUCAUCAGGGGGAAGCUGCUUCCCUCGGCUCUCGUCUGGAUAACUUCCAGACCUGCAGCGGCCAAUCAGAUCCCUCCUGAGUGUGUGGACAGGGUAACAGAAGUACGAGGCUUCACUGACGCCCAGAAGGAGGAGUACUUCAGGAGGAGAUCGAGUGAUGAAGACCUGUCCAGCAGAAUCAUCUCUCACAUCAAGAGCUCCAGGAGCCUCCACAUCAUGUGUCUGAUCCCAGUCUUCUGCUGGAUCACUGCUGCAGUUCUGGACCACAUGUUGACUACAGACCAGAGAGGAGAGCUGCCCCAGACCCUCACUGGCAUGUACUCACACUUCCUGCUGGUCCAGACCAAGAGGAAGAAGCAGAAGUAUGAAGAGGGACAUGAGACGAGUCCACAGCAGCUGACGGAGGCUGACAGGGAGGUUCUUCUGAAGCUGGGGAGGCUGGCGUUUGAACAUCUGGAGAAAGGACACAUCAUGUUCUACCAAGAAGACCUGCAGCGCUGUGGUCUUGAUGUCACUGAGGCCUUGGUGCACUCAGGAGUUUGUACAGAGAUCUUCAAAAGAGAGAGUGUGAUCUUCCAGAAAACAGUCUACUGCUUUGUUCAUCUGAGCAUUCAGGAGUUUCUGGCUGCAGUCUACUUGUUGCACUGUUACACCAACAGAGACACAGAGGUACUGAAGGACUUCCUGCAGGGAGACUUUAACAACAACAGAGAUCAGGAUUACCCAUCCCUGGAUGUCUUCCUGAAGGGAGCCAUGCAGAAAUCCGUCUGGAGUGAAAAUGGCCACCUGGACCUGUUUGUCCGCUUUCUCCACGGCCUCUCUCUGGAGUCCAACCAGAGUCUGUUAGGAGGCCUGCUGGGUCGCACAGACAACAGACCAGAAACCAUCCAGAGAGCCAUCAGCAACCUGAAGGAGAUGAGCAGUUAUAAAAUGUCUCCCGACAGGAUGAUCAACAUCUUCCACUGUCUGACAGAGAUGAAAGACCUCUCAGUACAUCAGGAGAUCACAGAGUUCCUGAAGUCAGAGAACAGAUCAGAGGAGAGACUCUCUGAGAUCCACUGCUCUGCUCUGGCCUACAUGCUGCAGAUGUCAGAGGAGGUUCUGGAUGAGUUUGACCUGGAGAAGUACAAAACAUCAUUGGAUGGACGACAUAGACUGCUUCCAGCUGUGAGGAACUGCAGGAAGGCCAAACUUACUGGCUGUGACCUCUCAGCAACUCACUGGGAAGUCGUGGCCUCAGCUCUGAAGUCUGACCCCUCCCAUCUGAGAGAUCUGGACCUGGGUGAGAACCCUCUGCAGGAUUCAGGAGUGAAGCGUCUGAGUUCUGGACUAAAGAGUCCAAACUGCAGACUGGAGGCUCUCAGACUGAGGUGGUGCAGUUUGUCAGAGAUCAGCUGUUCUGCUCUGAUCUCAGCUCUGAAGUCCAACAUCCAUCUGAGACAUCUGGACCUGAGUGAGAGCGCUCUGCAGGAUUCAGGAGUGGAGCUGCUGAGAGAUCUUCUGGAGAGUCCAGACUGCAGACUGGAGACUCUCAGACUGAGGGGCUGCAGGUUGUCAGAGAUCAGCUGUUCUGCUCUGAUCUCAGCUCUGAAGUCCAACCUCCAUCUGAAAGAUCUGGACCUGAGUCGGAACAACGCUCUGCAGGACUCAGAUGUGAAGCUGCUGAGAGAUCUUCUGGAGAGUCCAGACUGCAGACUGGAGACCCUCAGGAUCAGAAGAGAUGAGACGAUCAGAGCCACGAUCCAGAAGACCUGAACUCCCAUCCCCCGAGUCCUGCGGCAGGAAGCGCUCCUUCUCUCCAAGAACUCCUGGACCCUGCAAGCUGGUCCAGAACCAGAGUCCCAGUGAGGAGUCCAGCCAGUCGACCUCUCAGAGUUCAACUAAACUACAACAUUAUUAAAGAUCAUGUUUAAAGUUAAAAAAGGAUGCUUUCAGACUGAAUCCAGAAGCUUCUCCAGCUGCAGUCAAAGCAGAUCAUUUGAGGAAUAUAUAAAACAAUUAUAAAACUG